AUGGCUGAGUUUCUUACUUUUGCUGCCCAGGAAUUGCUGAAAAAAGUGGCUUCACUUGCCACUCAAGAGUUCACUCUUCUAUGGGGAUUCGAGGGAGAAUUGGCAAAUCUGCGUGACUCACUGCUCUUUCUUGAAGCUGUGCUACGAGAUGCGGAACAAAAGCAACAAGAUCAGGGCGAGGCUGCCAAGCUCUGGUUGGCGAAGUUGGAAGACAUAGCUCAUCUUGCCGAUGAUGUGUUAGAUGACUACGGGUAUGAGCUUCUCCGGCGUAAGGUGGAACUGCGAAACCAGAUAAAGAAAAAGGUGCUAAACUUCUUUUCCCUCUCCAAUCCCAUUGUAUUUCGUGUUAAAAUGACACAGAGAAUUAAAAAAAUCAACACUUCUCUGGAGGAUUUGGGUAAAAGGGCAACUGGGUUCGGGUUUGUUGAUAGGCCUCCCUUGGAGGCACCAAGCUCAUAUGACAGAAGAAUCGAUAGGGAAACCUACUCUGAUUUCAAAAUAGACGAAAACAUUAUCAUUGGAAGGGAAGAUCUUGUGAAAGAUAUAGUGAAAGACUUGACUAACUCAAACAACAAUAAGGAAAAUGAUCUUUCAGUUCUGGCCGUUGUGGGAAUGGGAGGACUUGGGAAGACCACUUUGGCUAAAUCUGUAUAUCAUGAUGACAUAAUAGAGCAACAUUUUCAACAGAAAAUAUGGGUUUGUGUAUCUACACCAUUUGAAGUCAAGUCAAUUUUAAGGGGGAUUUUGGAGUCUCUUCAACCUGCUGCAGUGCAAACUAUAGAGGGAAUAUGCAUAAUCCUUAAAAAGGAGUUGAAAGAGAAGAGGUAUUUACUCGUGCUCGAUGAUGUUUGGAACGAAGAUGCUCAAAAAUGGGAAGAAUUGAUGGGUUGCUUGGUAAACAUCACUGAUAGCCAGGGAAGCAGCAUCCUUGUCACCACCCGCAGCGACAAAGUUGCAAAAAUUGUGGAGACUGUUCCUAGACGUGAUUUGAAGAAACUAACAGAUGAUGAAUGUUGGCUCGUCCUGAAGGACCGAGCAUUUCCAGUUGGGAGUGAUUCUAUUACUGAAGAUCAAGAAAAUAUCGGCAGGGAGAUCGCUAAAAAGUGCGGAGGUGUACCAUUACUAGCAAAGGUGUUGGGAAAUAUGAUGCGUUCUAAAAAGUUUGAUGAAUGGCAAUCACUUGUGGAAAGUGGUAUAUGGAAAUUACCGGAGGCAGAAAGCAGAAUAAUGGCAAUUUUGAAAUUGAGUUUUGAUGAAUUGAAAUCUCCAUCAUUAAAACAGUGUUUUGCGUACUGCUCCAUGUUCAUUAAAGAUUCUCAACUUCAAAAGGACGACUUGAUCCAACUUUGGAUGGCUCAAGGAUGGCUUCAAGAGAUGGAGGACCAAGGUAAUGAAUAUUUUAAUAUUCUGUUACAGAACUCAUUCUUUCAAGACGUGAUAAGAGAUUAUCUCUAUGGUGAUAUAAUCGCAUGCAAGAUGCACGAUCUCGUUCAUGAUCUAGCUGAACAUGUUUCAAAGUCGAAGCACUUCCGCUCCUCAUUUUCCUGUGAAACCCUCAUUGACAACAACUUAGAUGGAUUUAAAGCUCUACGUGUUUUGAAUCUACACAAGGCAGACAUUCAGGAGUUGCCAGAUUCAUUAGGAAAGUUGAAACACUUGAGGUAUUUAAAUGUUAUGGGAACAAAGAUCAGAGCAUUUCCCAAAUCAUUGGGUCAGCUUUUUAACCUUCAGACACUUAAAAUGCCUGACCGCCUUGAAGAAUUCCCCAAGGAAAUUGCAAAUUUGAUCAACUUGCGACAUAUUUACUUCGGUAGACGUGUGAAAGUUCCAGCCAGGAUAAAGAAGAGGCAGAGAAGGCCAAUUUAA